CAAAUCCAAUUUUCUCGUUGGAAUCCUGCAUUGAUAUGUCUCAAACGCUCGAAUAAGAUGACAAAUUUGACAACGCUAAAAUUAUUUUGGAAAUAUUUCACGUAGCUCGCGAGAAAAAUUGGCGGAGCGAUGUUUGCAGUCGCUCGUAAUUCCCGAGAAGUUCCAGCACAUUCUUCGUGUCAUGGGUACGAACAUCGACGGUAACAGGAAGGUCAUGUUCGCCAUGACGGCUAUCAAGGGUGUUGGCCGACGUUACGCCAACAUCGUCCUGAAGAAGGCGGAUAUUGAUUUGGACAAGCGAGCUGGAGAAUGCUCAGAGGAGGAAGUUGAAAAAAUCGUCACUAUUAUGGCCAAUCCUAGGCAGUACAAAAUUCCCGACUGGUUCCUCAACAGACAGAAGGAUAUCGUGGAUGGAAAGUACUCACAGCUCACGAGUGCUAAUUUGGACUCUAAACUGCGCGAGGAUCUAGAAAGAAUGAAGAAGAUCCGCGCUCACAGAGGUCUGCGUCACUACUGGGGUCUCCGUGUACGUGGUCAACACACCAAGACCACUGGUCGUCGCGGACGCACGGUCGGUGUGUCGAAAAAGAAGUAAUCUUUUAUACAUACACUAUACUAUGUACUAUUAAUAAUACAUCUUUAAACAACCUUGAACAUUUUUAUUCGAUCGCCAUUUCAUUAAUUCGUGAGAAGAGAAACGAUCGCGAGGCACAAUGCUGAAUAAUUUCAUUUCAUGUUGCAUAUGCUUCAAUCAUAGAUCAGUGAUUUAUUUAAAUCGGGAAUAUAUUAAUCUCUUGAUCCUGAAAUAACGAAUCAUCUUUCAAGCCAAGAAAGAUAGCAAUUCCGAUUAAUUCAAGCCGAAA